AUGAGUAGCAACGCGAAAAAGUUGAUGCAGAACAAGAACGUUGCGGGCGGUCAACUGGGCAUACUAUCUACAGAUCCUCCGACAGGCUUCUAUCGGGACGGAUACUGCAGGACGGGCCCAGAAGACAAGGGCAAUCAUUCCGUGGCGGCCACUGUCAACAAGGAGUUCCUCGAUUUCACAGACUCGAAAGGAAACAAUCUGAAAAAGUCCGGAGUCAAAGAUGGGAUGAAGUGGUGUCUCUGUGCAACCCGGUGGAAGGAAGCUAUGGAAGCAGCACAAACGGGGAAACUGUCGCAAUCAGCGGUGCCACGAGUUCAUCUGCACGCCUCCCACGAAAGCGCAUUGAAGGAGAUAAAGUACGGCGAUCUGAGCAAAUAUGCGGCGCAGGGAGAAGCACCAAAGUCGGAUAGAUCCAGGCAAGAUACACAUCACGAUCCUGCGUCAUCCAAAGGUAUUGCAAAGACAAGCACCGACAUCAGUGGGAAUUCAGAGACAACCGGUGGCGUCGGGGUGCGGACGUCUAAGGAUGGGGAAUGA